AUGGUUAUGCCCUUGGACUUUCUGAUUGCUGAAAACCCUAUAGCUGACAAUACCGGAGAAAUGGGCCUCACAAUGAAUAUAGAUCUUUCUUCCUUGCUUUCAAUAAGGCUAUUUCUCUCUAUAUAUGAGGAAAUUUGGGAAGGUAAUAACAAACUGUACAUGGGUAUGGCCAUGGCAUUACAGAUUUUUGGAGUUUGUUACAAUGUAUCCACACCUCCAUUUUGGCAUUAUCACAGGAUGUUGUGCAAAUGA